GUUUCCUGAACAGGACGGCCAUCUCCCACUUCUGGGCCAUGGACCUGGAUGUCCAGCAUCGCUACCAGCAGCUGGGCACCAGCCUGAAGCUGCUCUCCAGGAAAACCCACCGACUAAUCCGGCGGCUCUUCAACCUCAGCAAACGCUGCCACCGGCAACCUCGCUUCAAACUGCCGAAGGAGAGGUCCCUCCCUUACUGGUGGAGCCGUGCGCAGUCGCUCCUGUACUGCAGCGAGACCGCCGUGCCUGGGACUUUCCUGGAAGAAAGCCACAGCUGCACGUGUCCCUCAGACCAGCCCUCCUGCCAGGGGUCCAUACCGUGUGCCUUGGGCGAGGGACCAGCCUGCGCCAGCUGUGCCGAGGACAACAGCACCCGCUGCGGGACUUGCAACCACGGCUACGUGCUCACCCAGGGCUUCUGCCGCCCCGAGGUGGCCGACUCGCUGGAGCAUUACCUGGGGUUGGAGACGGAUCUGCAGGACUUGGAGCUCAAGUACCUCCUGCAGAAACGGGACAGCCGCAUUGAGGUUCACUCCAUCUUCAUCAGUAACGACAUGCGCCUGGGGAGCUGGUUCGACCCCUCCUGGAGGAAGCGCAUGCUCUUGACCCUGAAGAGCAACAAGUACAAGCCGGGGCUGGUUCACGUGAUGUUGGCCCUCUCCCUGCAGAUCUGCCUCACCAAGAACAGCACGCUGGAGCCCGUCAUGGCCAUCUACGUCAACCCCUUUGGGGGAAGCCAUUCGGAGAGCUGGUUCAUGCCUGUCAAUGAGGGCAGCUUCCCAGACUGGGAAAGGACUAAUGUAGAUGCCUCUGCCCAGUGCCAAAACUGGACACUCACCUUGGGCAACAAGUGGAAGACUUUUUUUGAAACCGUCCACGUCUACUUGCGGAGCCGCAUCAAGUCUCUGGAUGACAGCUCCAACGAGACGAUCUACUACGAACCCUUGGAGAUGGCAGAUCCCUCCAAGAACCUGGGAUACAUGAAAAUCAACAGCCUUCAAGUCUUCGGCUACAGCCUGCCCUUUGAAGCAGACGCUAUUCGUGACCUGAUCCUUCAGCUGGACUACCCCUAUACCCAGGGCUCCCAGGACUCGGCCAUGCUCCAGCUGUUGGAGAUCAGGGACCGAGUGAACAGGUUGUCACCCCCUGGCAAAACCCGCCUCGACCUCUUCACUUGCUUGCUCCGCCACAGGCUCAAGUUGGCCAACAACGAGGUGGCAAGGAUCCAGUCCUCCUUGAGGGCCUUCAACGCCAAGCUGCCCAACGCGAUAGAGCAGGAGACGGGCAAGCUCUGCAGCUAACGGCCAGGGCUGCUCAGAUCUUGGAGUGAGGGGGCCAGGAGAAAGAA